AAGUGAGUUGGCAACAUUUAUUCAUUGUUGUUUACUUGUUUACCGGAAAAAUUUUGAUUGAUAAUGCAAAAAAUAAUGUGGAAUUGAGAUUUUUAAUUAAUUAUCGUAGAUUUAUAAUAUAUUUAAUGAUUAAAACUUCAUUUACGUCAAAAUGUUGCCGCUAUCGUUGUUGAAAACUGCUCAAAACCAUCCCAUGUUGGUCGAAUUAAAGAAUGGAGAAACAUAUAACGGACAUUUAGUAUGCUGUGAUAGUUGGAUGAACAUAAAUUUACGUGAAGUAAUCUGCACAUCUCGAGAUGGAGAUAAAUUUUGGAGAAUGCCGGAAUGUUACAUUCGAGGAAUAACUAUAAAAUAUAUUAGAAUACCGGACGAAGUAAUCGAUAUGAUGAAAGAAGACAUGGUAACUAAACAAAAAGCUCGCGGAGAUGGCCGACCUGGACGUGGAGCUCCCGGACAACGUGGAAGAAACGCACCUAGAGGAUCUUUGGGAGGACGAGGCAAAACGACCGGAGGUGUUGUUCGACAUAACCCAUAUCCCAAAAAGAAUUAAUCGUGUAAUCGUUAAAUAUUUUUAUUAAAAAGUAUGUAUAUAAAAAAAAUAAAUACUAUCGAUAUUA